UUGCCCAUCUGCCCAGCUCUCGCGUGCGCCAUGUCUGGUUCCUCCAGCGUCGCCGCUAUGAAGAAAGUGGUUCAACAACUCCGGCUGGAGGCCGGGCUCAACCGCGUGAAGGUUUCCCAGGCAGCUGCAGAUUUGAAACAAUUCUGUCUGCAGAAUGCUCAACAUGACCCCCUGCUGACUGGAGUAUCUUCAAGUACAAAUCCCUUCAGACCUCAGAAAGUCUGUUCCUUUUUGUAGUAAAAUGAAUUUUUGCAAGGUUUUUUAACCACUUUUCAUAAACCGGUGACUAUUCAAAGGAAAGCUAAAUCUGAAGCCUUGUACAAAAGCCUGUCUCUAUAACAUGUGCCAUACUAUACAAACUUCUACUUUUGUCAGUCUACCUCUCUGAAUAUUCAUGAAUUUCUGUUUCACAAGGGUAAUUAUUUUAUAUACACUGGUGGUGGCAUACAAUAAAAUA